CUCCUCCCCCGUGCUGAGUCAACCAAUUCCUGACCAGUUCUCUGCUCAAGGUUCUUUGCAGCCAGGAUCCAAGGUCUGCCGUGUGUACUUGUCUGGAGAGAUCUGAGCACAAAACAAAGUCCCCUUUCCUACUCCUGUUGGGGACUUAAUCCAGCUGUGUCCUCAACAGCACCAGGCAGGUGGUGACCUGAGAAUUCCGUGUCCACUUGCUGAGGACUGCCCCACUAUGCAGUGGCUGAUGAGAUUCCGGGUCCUCUGUGGCAUCCACAAAUCCUUCCACAUCUUCCACCCUGCCCCUCGGCAGGUGGGCCGCCAAUCUUCAUCAGGACUUAGAGCCCCGAGGUGGAGUGACCAUGAUACACCUGAGGAAUUCAACUUCGCCAGCUCGGUGGUGGACUACUGGGCUCAGAUGGAGAAGGAGGGCAAGAGAGGUUCAGAGACAGCCCUGUGGUGGGUGAACGGCCAAGGCGAUGAAGUGAAGUGGAGCUUCCGGGAGAUAUCCGAGUUAACCCGCCGCACAGCCAACGUCUUCACACAGGCCUGUGGCCUGCAGCAGGGAGACCAUCUGGCCUUGAUUCUGCCACGCGUGCCUGAGUGGUGGCUGGUGACCGUGGGCUGCAUCCGGACAGGCAUUGUCUUCAUGCCCGGGACUACCCAGCUGACUGCCAAGGACAUCAUGUACCGACUACAAGCAUCUAAAGCCAAGGCCAUUGUGACCACAGAUACGCUUGCCCCUGCGGUGGACUCUGUGGCUUCUGAGUGCCCCACGCUGAAAACCAAGCUGCUGGUGUCUGAUCACAGCCGUGAAGGGUGGUUGGACUUUCGGUCACUGAUCAGAUCAGCGUCCCCCAACCACACCUGUAUUAAGUCAAAGACGUGGGAUCCCAUGGUCAUCUUCUUCACCAGUGGGACCACGGGGCUCCCCAAGAUGGCAAAGCACAGCCACGGACUGGCCUUAAAGUCCUGCCUCUCCUCCAGGAGGGGAGGUCACAACUGCCGUGUUCAUCAUGGGGAUGCUUUCAACUAUGGAAAUAAAAUCCCCUCUCUUCUCGCUUUCCAGGUGUUGUUCAAAUACCCCAUCACCCAAUUCCUGGCUGCACCAGGUGUAUUCCGAAUGAUUCUACAGGAGAAAUUCGCCAACCUCAGGUUCCCCACCCUGGAGCACUGCAGCACUGGCGGGGAGGCCCUGCUGCCCGAGGAGCAUGAGCAGUGGAGACGACACACGGGCCUCCUGCUCCACGAGCUCUAUGGACAGUCGGAGACGGGAAUGACUUGUGCUGUCUUCCGGGGAAUGAACAUCAAGCUGGGUUCCAUGGGGAAGGCCAUCUCACCCUUCGACAUCCAGAUCAUCGACGACAAGGGCAACAUCCUGCCCCCCAAUACUGAAGGAAACAUGGGCAUCAGGAUGAAGCCCACCAGGCCACCGGGCCUCUUCAUGUACUACGAGUCGUGGGAGGAGAGAGGAGGAAAUGGGGAGCAGGCACGGCCAGACCAUGACUCUCGUGCUGGAAUAAAGAACAACCCAAAGGAGACAGCGAAGGUGGAGUGUGGGGACUUUUACAACACCGGGGACAGAGCAACUAUGGAUGCAGAAGGUUACUUGUGGUUCCUGGGCAGGGAGGAUGACAUCAUCAACGCCUCUGGGUACCGCAUCGGGCCGGCAGAGGUGGAGAACGCCUUGGCGGAGCACCCUGCGGUGGCCGAGUCCGCGGUGGUGAGCAGCCCGGACCCGAAGCGCGGGGAGGUGGUGAAGGCAUUUAUUGUCCUGAACCCGGAGUUCCUGUCCCAUGACAAGGACCAACUCACCAAGGAUCUGCAGCAGCAUGUGAAGUCGGUGACGGCCCCGUACAAGUACCCAAGAAAGGUGGAGUUUGUCCUAGAACUGCCUAAAACCAUCACCGGCAAGAUUAAACGGAGUGAUCUCCGGAAAAAGGAGUUUGGUGGGAUGUCAUCAAGGAAAAAAACAGAACCUACCCCGUGACUUAGGCAAAUCCCCGGGGUACCUCAAUUUCCUCAAUAGGGUGGGGUUUGGAGAGGUAUCAGGAGGUCUGAGGCCCCAGUAUUUUUUUUUUUUUGUCCCUCUGAGUUUGGUUGCUGCCCUCCUUGGAAGUCCUCUGUUCUCCUGGAGGGCCCAGGUGAGCUCGAGGAUUGGGGUUGCAGGUAAUAAAACACUAACAGCAGCUGCAACAGCACCUCAGUGCUCUCCGUUUGCUUAGUGACGCCAUCUGUGCCAAACGCCUUUCCUCCACCAUCACCCCCACCCCCAGUCCAGCACAUCCCAUGGCCAGAUGCGCCCUCUUAGCACCAGCAUCUGGAGAGGCUCCCAGCUCCAUUCCGUAGCCAGGACCCAGGGCCAGGAAGGAGACUGCCUGCUGGACCACGCGCCUGCCCCUGCGAGACACAGGAGCCCACAGCCCCGACUUUCCUCGACAGACACCCAACAAGGCCCCUCCUUCCCAGGGACUCAGGAGCUUGCUAGGGAUCCCCACUCACUCUGCCAGGGAUCAGGACCCCCUCCUUAUCCAAGAGUCCUCCCCAGACAGCACCUCUUUUCCUUCUCACUAUAACCCCCCCCCCCAGGGUCACAGAUCCCUCUCCACCCCCUGGUUUAGACUCCUGUGCCUGGGCCAUGUCCUUGGGUGUGGAGAGCGGUGACUUGGAUCAUGGUCUUUGACUGCCUGGGAGCCGUGGCUGUGCCUUGCCCUGGGAAAUUUCCCUGCAAAGGUGCAGGACAAGAUUGCCCAGGAGGGGCUGGGGUUGUGACUCAGUGGUACAGUGUUUGCCUAGCACGUGGGAGGCACUGGGUUCGAUUCUCAGCAUGACUUUAAAUAAAUAAAAUAAAGGUCCAUCAACAACUAAAAAAAAAAAAAAACAUAAAAAAAAAAGAUUGCCCAGGAGCUAUGGUAAAGCCUUUGCCUGAGAAAGUUCUG